AUGGAGCACCCUCUCAAUAUCCCGAACGGCUCGGCAGCCGUGAAUAUCUCAGUCAUCGACAGCACACGGAUGCGGCUUCCAUGCUCACAUCUACUGACACCAGAAAUACCCCAACAUCAAUAUCUCGAUCUGCCAUCAUUCUCGUUCCUCAUUGAUCACCCUGUCUUGCAGCGCAAAAUUCUAUUUGAUCUCGGGCUCAGGAAAUAUUUCUCAAGUCACCCACCAGCCGUACAUAAAUUUCUUGCCGAGUCUGGUUGGGAGUUGCAAGUGACAAAGGAUAUUCCGGAAAUCUUGAAGGAAGGCAAUUUGUGCCCUGAUGAUAUCGAAGCUGUGGUCUUUAGCCAUCAUCAUUUCGACCAUCUGGGUGAUUUGAGUCAAUUUCCUUCCACAACCGAAGUCGUUGUUGGCCCUGGUUUUAAAGAUGCCUAUCUACCUGGAUGGCCCGUGAUGGACGAGUCUUCGCUGGUUGAUGAUGAAUGGAAAAAGCACACCAUUCGCGAAAUAUCCUUCAACGAUGGACCGAACAGCCUCUCGAUCGGUGGGUUUCCAGCGAUUGAUUAUUUUGGGGAUGGAAGUUUCUUCCUACUCGAUGCACCUGGUCAUACAAUAGGGCACCUUGCUGCACUCGCACGGGUCUCUCUGGCUUCCACCUCCGCAGAACUCCAGAGAGAUAAAUUCGUCUUCCUGGGUGGAGACAUAUGCCAUUAUCCAGGUGUCUUUCGACCCACGAAGAGCUUCCCUCUACACUUUGAGGCUCAAGCUGCUUUUUACGCGUGCCCAGCGUCCUUUUUCCUCGAUGUCCACCCCGAGAAUAACUGCGAAACGCCAUAUUAUAGGAUGCCUGCCCACUGUACAGUGGAUAAAGAAUCCGCCGAGCGCUCAAUCCGAAAGCUUUGUGAGUUUGACGGAAAUGAAGACAUUCUCGUGAUUAUUGGCCACGACGCGUCCUUGAUCGGAAAGUUGGAUUUCUUCCCGAAAACAAUCAACGGGUGGAAGCGAGGAGCAAAGAAUGCAUUCCAGUGGGCAUUUUUGAAAGAUUUCUGCAAUGGAAUCUAG